GUCUUCCUUUGGAAAUCGUCAUCGUGAUAUGUGUCGCUUGCUUUGUCUUGGUGAUAACUCUGGCUGUGGUAGUGGUAUGCUGUAGAAAAAAGAUAAGCGUUAAAGAAGUUGAAGCCCCAAUUACAAUGGAUACGGUCACAAGUAAUCAAGGAUAUUCACAAGAAGAAAUUACAGAAGAUGAAGAAAAUUCACAACCACAUAGGUCAAUUGAUCUAAGAAAAGAUUCGAAGUCUAACCAAAGUGUUGCAGAUUCGGACCAUCCACUGAUAAAAUGUAAUCUCCCAAGUAUUGAUUCCUUUUUCUUCCCGACUCCGAGUAAACCGCUUCCUGAUCAAGAAGACCGCCUUCCUCAGGAAUUCCUAAAUGCAUUCAUGAAAAAAUACUUGGAAUUUGUGAAUGAAUGGAAUGUAUCGACAUCUAAAGACAAAACCGCACCCUAUGUAUAUUCAAAAUCCGAAAAAGCAACAUCGAGUAAGACAAGCCGAACUCGACCACCAAAAUCCAGGAUCAGCAUAAAACGGCGUCAAAACAAAGGAGUAUCAGCAGUAUAUGUCAACCAGUGGGAUUCCUCUAUGGAACUAAAGAGAGAGAAAAUAACAUUUUUCGAGAAAGUAGGGGAAGGUCAAUUUGGAGAGGUUCACAAGGCUUCGAUUAAACUUGAACAAACGACAAUGACGGUGGCAGUGAAACAAUUGAAAACUGGUAGCAGCAUCGACGACCGUAACAACUUUUUGAGAGAGCUUGCCACUCAUGCGCUUCUCGAAGACCAUCCGAAUGUAAUCAAACUCAUUGGGUGCUGCAUUGAGAAAGAACCAAUAUUAGUAGUUUUUGAAUAUAUGUCUAAGGGAAACCUACUGGAAUUCCUAAAGAACUCACCUGAGAACGUCGCCAGCGCCCUCAACUACGUUGUCACGUUUGGACAUCAUGUUGCCAAGGGAAUGGAAUUCCUUGCAGCAACGGAGAUAAUUCACAGAGACUUAGCAGCAAGAAAUAUUCUCAUCAACGAAGCUGGAAUGUGUAAAGUAGCUGACUUUGGGUUUGCAAAGGAUGUAUUUGGAGUUAGAAAGUACACAAAGAAAUUACAGACAGCUCCCCUUCGGUGGAUGGCGCCUGAAUCAUUGGUAGAUGGUGUGUUUAGCACUCAAAGUGAUGUUUGGAGUUUCGGUGUUCUGCUCUGGGAAAUCGUAACUCUCGGGCGUGAGGUUCCAUAUUACAACAUACGAAGCAAUGAGAUCAAGAAAAAAAUUAAAGACGGAGUUAGACUUCGGAAACCAGGUCAUUGUCCAACAGAUCUAUAUGAAAUAAUGAGCAAUUGUUGGAAAGCAGAUCCGGAAGAGAGACUAACAUUUCAGCGAUUAUGUCAGGAAUUUGAAGUUUUGAACCGGUUAGGACAAUACACACCAGAGUCGAGUACUACACAGGCCCGUAAGUCUAGUGGGUUUUAUAGACUGUACAACAGGAUAACCCGACAACUUUCGGGCAAUAGUGCUGUAUAAUAAGCUCAUUGCAUUGGUGGAUAUCAAAAUACUCGAUGUGUCAAUAAAUUGUUGAGGUACCGGUACUCUAUGUGAUGCCGAGAAGGUGAAAUGUAAUCGCUGCUGAGCCUGAAAACUUCAAGCUUAACUCCCAAAAAUAAUGUUGGGUGUUGACAAACGUUUGAAUCUAACAAGUUCUCGUAAUCUCGAAAGAUCCGAUGAGGGCAAUUUAAUAGAGGCAGUAGAGUAUAUUGGCCCUAACGGCCGCCCAUACAACCAAAUUAUAUUAAUCAAUCAGCCGAGUGUUUCUAGAUCUUCUCAUCGGAGCUAAAAAAAAAAAAAAAAAAAAAAAAAAAAAAAAAAAAAAAACUUUUAUUAGGCUGCAUCUAAGGUUAAUGUUUGUAUUCGUAUGUGUCCGCCAUGUUGUAGUUAAGUCGGGUGGCGCUGCACUACGGCUGCCGUCCAUGGGUCCCCAGCAAAUAUUGAUGGUAAUUGAUUACCAUAAGCUAUAGUUCUGUUCUAUGUCUUAAAUUCAAAUGAACACAGAAUACUAUUUACAGAAAUUGUAGUAUUUUAGUAUGCUUUUGAAAAUUUGACUACACAGAACAAACAAUUCAAAAUAUCAAUAUAAUUAUAUAUUUGGGUAUAGGUUAAUUUUUUAACAAUUAUGAGUAAUCUGUAUAAAUGUGUAUUUAACUUAUUGUAUUGUAUAAUGUCGAUUGAGACUUACUAAAAUUGUACAAACUGUUUAUGUAAAAACAAAAUCAAUCGAACUUUCAUCAGCCAUUCAAUUUCUUAAGUUUGCACAAACAUGUAAAGCUCGUAGUAGUGCUGGAAGGCAUAGAUCAAAUAUUCUCUCCAUCACAAAAAGUAGCCAUAAUCUAAAAUUGAAGAAAAAUAAGAGCCUAAUACAAAUUGCGUCAAAUAAGCAAUGCUGAAUCCAGAGAUUUUAAAUAGUCGACAUUGAGAUUUUUUUGUUUUUGUUUUGUUGUUGUUUGUGCUGCAACUGAUUGGCAACUGUUUUUCGUUUCCUCUUGUAUCAUUGAUCAGAAAUAUAUCCUGUUGGCUAGCCGUCGAGUCGUGGGAGCACUUCAAUUUCAAAUAAUUAACUUGAAUCAAAUUGAAGUUUAACAAUCAAAAUCGAAACACAAAAAUAAAUAAAAUAUUCAAUAUACAUCUCAAUAAUUUAAAGAAAAGUCGAUGCAAAAUUUAAAGUAAAGCAGAUGCAACUUUCACAAUUUCCAUCCACUCUUGUCUGUUUUCGGUUGACUUUCCAGCUUAUACGGCACCUAUCUUUGUUCAUUCAGUGUUGUUUAUCCAGUUUUUCCUUGGUCUUACUCGCUUCCGCUUGCCAUUUUAAGGCCGUUUUCCACUAGGCGAAUUUGUUCGCGCGAAUCGAAAAUUUGUACCCGUACGCAUGCGCUUUUGAGAAUCUCGUGAUGAAAAAUAAACUGCACAUGCGUACAGGCGAAAAUUUUCGAUUCGCGCGAAUAAAUUCGUCUAGUGGAAAACGGCCUUUACAAAGCUCUGCAAGAUUGAACUUCUUGAAGUGCCACUUUGCUUGUGGAUAUGUUCAAACUAUUUCAGUUUGAAUUUUUGAAAACCAGUAGAGUAAUAAAAUUAAUAGUAUUUUACAAUCUUUACACAAUACCCGGAUUAUGUAUAUUGUCCCAUGAUAGAAGCCUAUCAAAUGACACGAAGUUAAAAAGCUUUCAAGGCAAGAUGAGUAGGCCUAUAAUUCAUGUUGUAUGUUAAUUUUCAAAAUUAAUAAAGAACAUGCACAAUCGUAUCUAUACAAUUUAGUUAAAGUCCAAUAAAAUAGAUAAUGAAAUAAUGUUGUAUUAUUUAUAGGGCUAUUCAAAAUACGUUUUUAAGUUGUAUUAAUAUUUAUAUUACCACAAUCGUUUAUAUGUAAAAGCGAAAUUGUUUAAUGUUUGUAUAGGCUUAUAUUGCCUCUUUACUAAAUAAUGUAAGAGCAUGGACCUAUGGUAAGAGUACAUAAUGAACGAAUAUAAAAUCUGUAUAUAACUAAUAAUUUGGAUUUACUGAUUCAGACAUGAAUAUAGCUGCGAUAAUUCCCGUCAGGCCUAUUGUAUUAAUUUUUUUACUAUUUUGAGUGUUUCACCUUGAUUACGUAUGCUGGAUAUACUGUUAUAAUUACACCCGCCUCUUGAUCAUGAUUAUUUUUAUAAAGCGUUAUUUUACAGUAAAUGCACAAAUUGGA